UUAGACACAAAAAUGAGUAUGAGAAAUCACACAAUGAUUACAGAGUUUGUUCUCUUGGGUAUAUCAGACAAUCCAAAAACUCAGGUGGCAAUUUUUACUUUUUUGUUUAUAGCUUACAUAUUAAGUAUCACUGGAAACCUAGCCAUCAUCAUUCUAACCUUAUUAGAUUCACAGUUAAAGACUCCUAUGUACUUCUUCCUCCGAAAUUUCUCCCUCUUGGAAAUCACAUUCACCAGUGUUUCUAUCCCAAGAUUUUUGUGUUCAAUAAUCACUAAAGUCAAGACCAUUUCCUAUAACAACUGUUUAGCUCAAUUAUUUUUCUUCAUUGCCUUGGGUGUGUCUGAAUUUUUCCUUCUAACUGCCAUGUCCUAUGAUCGCUAUGUGGCCAUCUGUAAACCUCUGCACUACACCACCAUCAUGAGUAAGAAAAUCUGUAACCUUCUGGUCUUCAUUUCUUGCCUGGCAGGAUUCCUAACCAUUUUCCCACUACUCAUGCUCAUCCUCAAGUUGGAUUUCUGUGCUUCCAAUAUCAUUGACCACUUCUCUUGUGACUACUUCCCCAUCUUACAACUCUCAUGCUCAGAUACGUGGUUUUUAGAGACAAUUGGUUUUUACUUUGCCUUUGUCACUCUGCUCUUCACAUUGGCAUUGGUGAUUCUUUCCUACAUGUGCAUCCUCAUCACCAUUCUGAGAUGCCCUUCUGCAAGUCAGAGGAAAAAGGCUUUCUCUACCUGCUCCUCUCACAUGAUUGUGAUCUCCAUCUCUUAUGGAAGCUGCAUAUUCAUGUAUGUCAAGCCUUCAGCAAAUGAAAGAGCAUCACUGACCAAAGGAGUAGCUGUUCUCAAUACUUCAAUUGCUCCCAUGUUGAACCCUUUUAUUUACACUUUGAGGAACCAGCAAGUAAAACAAGCAUUCAAAAAUUUUCUUCAUAAAGUAUUAUCUUAUAAAAAUAAAUGA